AUGCACCACCUCCUCGAGCACUUCGAGGACACCCACGUCGUCUUCCCCGAAGACAUCUCAGACGGCCUCUCCCCGCCCCCACAUCCCUACGUCCUCAGCUACCCACGCCCCCACACGCCACCAUCAUCGACAACGUCGACAUCAACGCCAACGCCAACAGCGACCCGCCCUACGACCCUCCUCGCGGAUCCCCCGCCCGCACGCGCCCACAUCACACCUUCGCCUUCUCCCUCCCCCGUGCUCGCACUUCCCCCCGCCUUCUUCGGCCUCGCCCCCGCCUCUGGCCCCGCACGAACAGACAGGUCCAAAUCCGGCCGCUUCAAAACCCUCCACGCGCCCGUUCACGCGCCCGCACGCGCCAGGGCCAGGGCCGAAGGCCAGCUCUCCGCGUCCGGCAGGAAGCGCGACAGGCAAUACCGCUGUCCUGUGAGUCGCCCCCCCUUCCUCUUUCCCUUCUUUUUCCCUGCGUGCCUGCCCUGUUCUCUCACCCCCCCCGCGCUGACGCUCGCUUGCUCGCUUGCUCAGCGUCCCGGCUGCACAAAGUCCUACCUCAAUCCGAACGGACUCAAAUACCACGUCGAAAAAGGCACGUGCGAGAUCGCGCCAAAGGGCGGCUGGAUCGAUCGCGACCUGCACGUCGCACCCGCUAGCACCUCGGCAUAA